CAAGACGGACUGAACAGUGCAAGGGACAGAUAAAUAAAUUCCUUAUAUUUUUGCGAUAAUAAAGUGUAAACAAUUGUGUAGUGGCAAAUUACUUUUAAGUGUUAUCGCUUCUUGGUUGAAAACAAAAACAAUUGUUGAUCUGUUUGUGUACCGGGAAGUGAAUUUGUGAAAGGGACGUGAAUAUGCGACAUGAGGUGAUGUCGAGCAUGGUGCCUGAUGACAUGCAUCAAUCGCCCAAAAUGGAGGCGGAGUUAGAAGAAGCACUGGAAUUUGCUGGCACCGGCAGAUACCAAGUCGUACACAACUUCCUGAUGCUGUUCACUCUGUUCGCGGCCAUCAUUGAGAUGAUUGGCAUAGCAUUCGUGUUGCCAGCUGCGUCCUGCGACCUUGACGUGCCAGACAGUCUGAAGGGAAUACUCACAUCUUUACCUAAUAUUGGUAUAAUCCUAACGGCACCAUUCUGGGGCCGCGCAGCUGACUCGCUAGGCAGGAAGCCGGUGUUGCUGGGCUCGCUGGUGGUAUCUGGCGUGAUGGCCUUCGCAGCUGCCUUCAUGCCUAACCUGGUCAGCUUCGCGCUGCUCAAGUUCGCUUGCUCGUUAUUCAUCUCAUGUCCGUCGUCUCUAGGCUACGCGUACGUGUCGGAGAUGCUCCCGCGCAGGCGCCGGGACUUUGCGGUGCUCAUUACCAACGGACUUAUCAAUCUUCUCACUUUCAUUAGCCCUGGUCUAGCCUGGUUAAUUCUGUCAUACGACUGGCAGUACCAGUUCGGCAUCAUAGACCUGCGACCCUGGCGUCUCCUGACGGCAGUGUACGCUGCUCCUCUGCUGAUCUCUGCCCUCUGCCUGCUGGUAGCUGAUGAGAGCCCCAAGUUCCUCAUGACGAGGGGCAAGGAUAAGGAGGCGUUGGCUAUACUGAGGAAGAUUUAUACUGUCAAUACUGGACUGCCUGAAGAUAGUUUUUGUGUAAAAUCCCUAAAGACGCCAUGCGACAUAAACGACUCGGAGCAGCGCGGCUCAGAGAGUGCGCUCGCGCCGAAGACGCAACAGGAGUCAGCGUUUGCGUUGCUGCGGCCGCCGCAUCUCAAGUGGUUCUCCCUGACUGCCUUCCUCAUGUUUGGGCUGUUCUCUUUCCUCAACGGUCUAUUCCUGUUCGCUCCGGACACCAUCAACAAAGUGAUGAGCAGUCCAGAGACUACAGGCACUGUCUGCGAGUUGAUGGGACAAGUGGAUAACUCGACUUCAACAUCAGAAUGUCUAGACUCGAUGUCCAGCCACACAUUCUACAUAAUGGUGGUGACCACCAUAGUGUACGGUGUUCUCGUCACGGGCGGCUCCCUCAGCCCGCUCUCCAAGAAGACGUUACUGGUCACCAUGUUCAUCGUCGUGGGCGUCGGCUGUCUCAUUGCUGGGCUGUCUACUAACAGGAUAUUGGCAGGCAUAGCAAUGUCAUCACUGCAGUUAACAGCCCUCGGAAUUGGGCCCCUCACGGCGUAUGUGGUACAUCUAUUCCCUACCACUUUGAGGGGCACAGCAGUGGGCGCAGUGCUGAUGUUCGGCCGGUUAGGGUCGGUGGUGGGCGCCAAUGCGGCCGGCGUGUCUCUCAGCGCGGCUUGCAUGGCCACUUUCUAUGGAUUCGCUGGACUCGUGUUCUUAUGUGCGGGCUUAAGUUUCUUACUACCACCAGACCAAGUGACGAAGCCACAAGAAGUUGACAGAAACAGUUGAUGCUUUAACUAGUUAUUUAUUGAUUUACAUUCCAUUUAAUAUAGCAUUCGGUUAAAAGGACCAAUAUUAUUUUAGUUUCUUUGUAAUUUAAUAUUUUUGAGAUACCAAAAUAUUAUUAUUACAAAGAAAUUAAUUGGUGAGUAGGUAUGAUUUCAAGAUAGAUUCAAUACAGUUUGAAUUUCAUGAAAUGUUGCAAUAGAGUGUAAAUUAUUGUUAUAUUAUUUGUGAUUACCAAUGUUAAAUUAAAUGGUAUGGACUUGUGAAAUGUUUUGUACUUUUAUACUUAGUUCAUAAGACAAACAAUUACGUGUAACGAUAGAUAUAAGGCUGUAAAAUGAUUAUAAAUAAUGUGAAUCAGCAUUAUCAAAAGUUAAUAAAUUCUUUCAUGAAACAA